AUGAUGGAGUGCAACAAAGAUGAAGCAGUUAGGGCCAAAGAAAUAGCAGAGAGGAAAUUUUCUGAAAGGGAAUAUAUUGGUGCAAAGAAGUUUGCUAUUAAGGCUCAAAAUUUGUAUCCUGAUUUGGAGGAUGUUCCCCAGUUUUUGACCACUAUUGAUAUUUAUAUAUCUGCUGAGAAUAAAGUAAGUGGAGAAAUGGAUUGGUAUGGUAUACUUGGAGUGAGCCCAUUUGCUGAUGAAGAGACUGUUAGAAAGCAGUACAGGAAGUUAGCUCUCACCCUUCAUCCUGACAAAAACAAGUCUUUAGGUGCAGAGGGUGCAUUUAAGCUGGUUUCAGAGGCAUGGAGUCUGUUAUCAGAUAAGACAAAGAGAUUAGAAUAUAACCAGAAGAGGAGUUUGAAAGGCUUCCAACAUAAUACUCCCAACCGUGGGCAUCCAUCAGCAGCUCCUAGUUCAAAUAGUUAUUAUAAUUUUAAGAAGAAUGCAUCUUCAAAUGCGAGGACUGGGAAUAAUAAUGUGAGGGUGCCUGCAACUUCUGUUCCUCCUCCUCAGAAAAAGGCUGAAACCUUUUGGACUAUCUGUAAUCGGUGCAGGACACAUUAUGAAUAUCUCAGAGUUUAUUUGAAUCACACCCUUUUAUGUCCCAACUGUAAUGAAGCUUUUGUGGCUGUAGAGAGGGGUCCUCCUCCCAAUGUUUUUAAGCCAUCAAAUUUGCCCUCCUCCCAUCAGCAGCACCAGAAUUCUCGACGUCAUCCUGCAAGUAACAAUUCAAACCAUCUGUGGGGUUCCCACUCCAGAAUGGCUGGUUUUGGUAGCACAGAUGGAUCGUCAUCUGUUGCCGCCCAAGCUGCAAGUGUUGUGCAGAAGGCAAGUGAGAAAGUGAAGAGAGAAGGGGUACCGUCAAUUGCUGAAUGGGAGAGGAUUCAAAUGUCUAAGAGGGCUGAUGGUUCUAUGAAGAAAAGAAGGACAGAUGAUAUGCGUGCUAAUGGUCAUCCAGGAUAUAUGGCAAAUCAUAUGGCUAUGGGACAUGGAGCAGCAGGUUUGGGCAGUUUCUCUGAACCAGGAAAGGUUAACAUGGAAAAAGAAAGGAUUUAUGGUUUUUCAGGUCUUGCAAACAAGCAUUACAGCACGCGAGAGUUGUCAAUGUAUGAGUUACGAAAUAUGUUGGUAGAUAAGGCACGGAAUGAAAUUCGUAAGAAACUUGAAGAAUGGAAGUUAAAGGCUGAAGCUAGGAUUAUCAACAAGAACAAAGAGAAUAAGAGACACAAAAAUACGCAUAAUGACAAAACAACCGGUUCAGAGAAGUAUAGAGAGUCCAAUGUUAAUGGUAAUAAGCAUGAUUCUUUACCUGUCACAUCUGAUGAUACAGUUAAGAGGCAAGCCUAUGUUACAAUCAAUGUUCCGGAUCCUGAUUUUCACAAUUUUGACUUGGAUAGAGCUGAAAGUUCCUUUGCAGAGGAUCAGGUCUGGGCUGCUUAUGAUGAUGAUGAUGGAAUGCCUAGAUAUUAUGCUAGAAUUCACAAGGUGAUCUCCAUAAAGCCAUUUAGAAUGCGAAUCAGUUGGCUUAACUCUCGAAACAACACUGAAUUGGGCCCAAUAGAAUGGGUAGGUUCUGGUUUUUAUAAAACUUGUGGGGAUUUCAGAACUGGAAAGCAUGAAGUAACCGAAUCAUUAAAUUCAUUUUCACACAAAGUUAGGUGGACAAAAGGCAACAGAGGAGUUGUGCGCAUCUUUCCAGGUAGGGGAGAAGUCUGGGCACUAUACAGAAACUGGUCUACUGAUUGGAAUGAACAUACUCCAGAUGAAGUGAUUCAUAAGUAUGACAUGGUAGAGGUGCUUGAUGAUUUCAGUGAAGAGCAAGGUAUAUCAGUUACCCCCCUUGUUAAGUUUCCUGGCUUUAGGACAGUAUUUCGAAGGCACCAGGACCAGAGUGAGGUUAGGAGGAUUCCUAAAGAGGAGAUGUUCCGAUUCUCUCAUCAAGUUCCUAAUCACUUGCUCAGUGGUCAAGAAGCUCAUAAUGCUCCAAUAGGCUGUCGAGAGUUGGAUCCAGCAGCUACUCCUUUAGACCUCCUUCAGAUAGAAACGGAAGCUAAUGAGUCAGCAGGAGAGAGGAUGCUUCAAAACCUUGUAGAGCAGAAAUGUUCAAACGAGGAUGACAAACAAAAAAUGGGAUGGUAG